UACCUCCAGGCAUGCCUGCAAUCAGGGGGGUACUGCAGUUAUGGGCCCCAUGGCAGAGAGGGCUCAGAGACGGAAAGGCAUGAUAUGCAGGUCACAAAAGGGUUGGGGAUUUCAGGUGAGUGGGUGGUUGGUGUUUGGAUGGUUAAUAUAGUGUUCCCAUAACUGGGGUUGAUUAGUUGCCUGGCCCUGGGUGCUAGGGGCCCUUGGCACCCCAGUCCGACACUGUAAGCAGCGGAAUAGUAAGCAAUCUUUGCCCUUUUAAUAGACAUAUAUAUAUAUGUCUGAAGGUUCAAACACACCAAACAAAAAAACAACCUAAUCGCUAAACCUGGGUGCUAUCCAAGCCAGUAGUACACAAAAUACAGAUGCACGCCAGGUAUUUUUACUAAGAAAAAACGUAACUUUUAAUCAGCACCAUUAAAAAGAAAUCAGGCCAACAUUUCGAUCAGGGUUUGGGGGUUACUUUUUUUCUCUGUUGUACCAUUCAUUAGGCCCUAUCUAUCUAUUCAGCCUGCCUACCCAGAUCUGUGGAUUGCCUCUUCACUCUCUCUGACAGUUCUCUUAAUUGUCCCCAUUUAGCAUAAUCUGGAAGACUCCGUAUAUGCCUAUGAGCUCUUCUCUGUUAUUAUACACAAGGGCGGCUGUUAUGGAGGUCAUUCUCAUGCAUAUAUUCAAGAUGUCGAUGAGCUGGGGCAUUGGGGACUCAAGGUUACUCCUACUAACUUCUGCGCUGCAAGAUGUUUGGAGACCUAUUUGAGGAAGAUGAAGACUUUUCAAUCCUUCCAAGCAGUCCAAACACGAAUGGCAAGAAAUCCCACCCCAGAGAUUCAAAGACCCCAGAGCCACAAGGAGACACAAGGCUUAGUGGACUGAGGAAUCAAGGUGGCACCUGUUACCUGAAUUCUCUUCUGCGGACCCUGUUUUUUACACCAGAAUUCAGAGGUUCGGCAAGGAGUGCACUGAAAAAAGCAGAAUCUUGGCCGAAUACCAAACUGAAUCCUGGAUUCGAAGCCCUUUUUGCUUUGGGUCCUAAAGAACUUGGAUCACUGGAGGAGAAAGACACGCCAGAGUCUCAGGUGCGAAUUAUUCCCCUGCAGUUACAGCGUCUCUUCGCUCAACUUCUGCUGCUGGAUCAGCAGGCCUUGUCAACCACAGAUCUCACAGAGAGCUUUGGGUGGAACAGUAGUGAGGUCUGUACCUUUUAUUGAUAAGAAAUAAGAAUU